AUGAGUGCUUUGUUGAAAGCUAGCUUGUACAUGCCCCACACCGUUGAGGAAAACACCGAAUUUGCAAAUACUGUACUAAAUGAUUUCAUUGACGUGCAUGCUGACACAUUGCCCAGUUUGUCAAAAGGGUUUGGUGAGGUUAGUAAUCUCUUGAGUUUGAAACAAAUUACUCAGUUUAUGGAUCUCCAUUUGAAAGAGAGGAUACUCAUGCGUUUGAUUGCACAUCAACAUAUUGCACUAUCGAGAUCCCUUGAAGGCGACUAUGUCAAAGGUGGGAAGUACAAUGGGGUUGUAAAACUACUCCACCUACCGGAUGUGAUUAAAAAGAAUGCCGAGGUGGUUAAUGAUAUUACUAUGAUGAAGUAUGACCAGUCGGUGCAGGUGAAAAUUGAAACCAAUUUUGGUAAUUACUGGAGUCAAGCAGACCCAAUUCCCCGAGAGGAUGUACUAGAUUUUCCUUAUAUUGAGUAUCAUCUCGACUACAUAUUCAUGGAAGUUUUCAAAAAUUCAUUCAGAGCUCACAUUGAAAACAAAGUUUCCGAUCCAGUUACAGUCACGAUCUCAGCGUCAACGCAGUCUCCUCGAUUUAUGGAAAUUCGAAUAAGAGACAGGGGCAAAGGCAUUCCCCCAAAGACAUUGAAGCACGUUUUUGAUUACUCAUUCACCACCUACGAGAGCAAUGAAGGGGAAAGUUUCAAGACUUUGAAUGUUCCGCCAGAGCAUCUUGGUGGAGGCCACUCGGUGGCGGGUAUGGGGUUUGGUUUGCCCAUGGCAAAACAGUAUAUAGAAGCUUUCAAUGACACGGUCAACGACAAAGAAUCCACAAAAGGUCUGUUGACGGUACAAACUUACCCUCGGUGGGGAACAGAUGUCUCCAACACUUAUGUCACUAGGGACUCUACCGAGUUGAUUUCGCUAUCUUGGUCAGUCUUGGAUAUUUCGACUUUGGAUAUCGUCCACGAGGAAACCGUAUUGGUGCGUCCACUGAAUACCCCAAUUACUCCAUAUUGCCAACAGAAAUACAAACUCACUUGGGAGCAUGUUCGUAAUGCAGGAUCAUUCAAAGAUGCCAUUGUGAAGCUAGACCAAUAUGUACAAGAAAGCAUAAUUUCAAAGGGAAAAGAUUUCAUUUUUGUUACAUUUGACAUGGCGAAAUUGAGAGUUCAACUUCCACGAGAGGCACGAGACAAGGGCGUAGUUCUACCACCUUACUUGCAACAUCUGCGUUUGUUUGACUUGCCCACUGAGUAUUCCAAAUGGCUCGUGAGUCACCCGGAGGCUAUAUCAUACCCAGCAUCGUCACUUUCAAACAUGAUGACGGCGUUGGAGGUUGAGCCUUCAGAGCAACCACCACAAGUCUACACCAAAUUGACUAUGCAGUUGAUGAAAAAGUCACUCCCGUUGGAGGACCAUCCUACAGUAUUUUCUACACCAUACGAUUUUGGAAAAGACGCCAAAACAUUUGUUUCUGAACAAUCAAAGGUGCUUUUUCUAUCCAAUUUACCCAGUGAGACGACGCAGUCGGAGUUGGAAUGUUGGUUUACGCAAUUUGGUCGUCGUCCGGUGGCGUAUUGGACGUUGAGAGGCAACGACACAACAAGCAAGGCUAUAUCUGGAUUUGCAGUUUUUGGUACGCACGAAGAGGCGGCUGAGCUGCUAGCCAUGAAUGGAAAGGCGCUAGGCGAUUCUGUAAUAGAGGUACAGCCGUCGUGCUCUUUUCCAGCUUCCAGUGCUGUAGCGAUACAAGAGUCUAUUUACAAAAAGAGUGAUCUGGAGGAAAUCCAGGUAAACGGAGUCAAUGUUAACCACAGGAGCAGUGAUACUGUGGAAGGGUAUGUGAAUGGCCACGGGGUCAGGCCCGUUGCAAGUAAUAACAACGGAGAUGGAGUCAAUGGAGCCAGCUAUACUGGGGCUAGUGAGAACGGAACCGGUAAUAGUGUAAACGGUGCAAGCUACGGAAACAGAGACGCACACAAUCAUGGUAGCAACACCAACAGGCACUUCAACAAUGUUCCAUUUAGAGCAGGCGAUUGGAAGUGCGGCAUGUGUCAAUACCACAAUUUUGCUAAAAACUUGUGCUGUUUGAAAUGCGGCUCAUCAAAACCAGUCUACACUCAGGGACCCAUACACAAUGUUAACACGACUGCGGCAGCGAUAGCAGCUGCUACCGCUAGUGGUCAGCCAUUAAAUUUGAAUAACAAUUUUGUAAUGCAGCAGUUCCAGUAA